AUGUCCUUGGCACGCUCCCCAGGUCCCACUGCUCAUCAGAAACUCCAGGAUGGUCUACCUAUGCCGUUCUUUCCCGCGUCUCUGGACGCGCCCGAAAGGAAUGGUCCUCAACUUCCCCAGUGCCUUCCACAGCUGCCAAUCAAUGCUACCCCGACGGACGUAGCGGAGCAGGAUCUCGAAACGCCAGAUAAAUGGAUCAACCGUAAUCCAGAACUCGUUCGACUGACAGGAAAACAUCCGUUCAACUGCGAAGCGCCACUCGAUGCUUUAUUUGAGUCUGGAUUCUUGACUCCAGCUCACUUGCAUUUCGUGCGUAAUCAUGGUGCAGUGCCACAGGUCAAUUACGAGAUGACUGCCAACUGGACAAUUCGCGUACAUGGUCUGGUGGAGCGAGAGGUUACAUUUACUCUGCAAGAGCUUCAAGAAAGGUUCCCCGUUGUUAGCCUUCCUGUAACCCUCGUAUGCGCCGGCAACAGGCGGAAAGAACAAAAUAUCGUCCGCAAGUCACUUGGCUUCAGUUGGGGAGCAGCGGGAGUCUCAACAGCUCUUUGGACGGGCGUGUAUUUGUCCGAUGUGGAGACAACCUUCCGAAACGGGCCCUAUGGAACAUCGCAGCGACUGUCAUGGGCUUCCGAUAAAGACAAGGGCAUGCUCAUCUCAUGGGCAAUGAACGGUUUACCGUUGGAGCCUGACCAUGGUUUUCCUGUGCGUGUCAUUGUGCCGGGCCAGAUUGGUGGACGGUCUGUGAAGUGGCUGAGACGCAUCGAAAUAAGUGAUCGUGAAAGCCAACACCACUUGCACUUUUGGGACAACAAACUGCUGCCAACGCAGGUCAUGCCUGACCAAGCCCGUGCUGAGAAGCAUUGGUGGUAUGAUCCAAGAUAUCUGAUCACCGAGCUCAACGUCAAUAGCGUCAUUGCGAAACCGAGUCAUAACGAGAAGCUCUAUAUCGAUAAGACACCGAAUGAAAAUGGCACAAUCGCAUCAUAUCCCAUCCGAGGAUAUGCAUAUUCAGGUGGAGGCCGCAGGGUGACCCGCGUCGAAGUUUCGCUUGACCAAGGGGAUACAUGGACAUUGGGAAACAUCGAGUAUCCCGAGGACAAAUUCAGAGAAAUGCGUCACCAAGACCCAUUUUAUGGAACUCUUGAUGCGACAGAGCGUGAUACGUCCUUCUGUUGGUGCUUCUGGACAUUUGAUGUCUCGCAUGAUGUUCUAGCAAGCUGUGAUGCGUUAAUGGUUAGAGCUAUGGAUGAAGGCCUCGCGUUACAACCAAGAGACAUGUAUUGGCACGCACUUGGCAUGAUGAACAACUGGUGGUUUCGCGUUGCCGUUCAUAGAACCGUCAACGACGAUGGGAAAUUUGUGUUGCAAUUUGAGCAUCCUACGCUUGCUGAGACAGGGCAUACAGGAUGGAUGGAGCGCAUGAAAGUGGCCGGGGAGGAUAUUACAAAGCCCGUCUUCGGCGAAAAGGGACGGGACCUCGCACCACGUGCUCCAAAGCAAGACUCCGAUGAGGUCUGUUUGACCAAGCCUGGGAUAAGCAGGAAGAUCACCUUGAAAGAGUUCAAGGCGCAAGAUCGACAGCAACCAUGGUUUGUCGUCAAUGGCGAGGUUUACGAUGGAACUCCAUUUCUAGAGGAUCAUCCGGGAGGCGGUGACUCUAUAUUGCUUGUGGCUGGCGAAGAUGCAUCUGACGACUUCUUCGCCAUACAUUCUGCGGAAGGCAAAAAAAAAUUGGCUGACCACCAUAUUGGUACCCUCGUAACCAGUUUAACCAAAGAAGAGCCCAUUACAACGCAGUCGGAUGAAACAUUUCUAGAGCGCAGCAGGUGGAAAGAGGUCAAAUUGUGUACCAUCAAGCAGAUCAACCACGAUUCUUACUUGUAUCGUUUCGCCUUGCCGAAAAGAGAUCAGCUGCUCGGUCUGCCAGUUGGACAGCAUGUUUUCGUCCGUUUACGCCGACAAGAUACUGGGGAGAUGGUACAGAGAGCGUAUACUCCAGUAUCGCAACAAGGCACAGUAGGCUUCAUCGACUUUCUCAUCAAAUUGUAUCUUCCUUCCGCUUUGAUGCCCACUGGAGGGAAGAUGACCACUGGCCUCCAUCAACUACGCAUCGGAGAUAGCGUGGAACUCAAGGGGCCGUUAGGGUCUUUCAUUUGGGAUGGGCCAAGUAUUGCACUGUGGAAGGGAAUAAAGAGGUCCAUCAAGGAAGUCGGCAUGAUUUGCGGCGGAAGCGGGAUAACGCCGAUCCUCCAAGUGCUUCGCAGUAUCCUCCAGAACGCGGAAAGCGAGACCCGGGUGUGGGUGGUCAGUGCAAACAAAACUGAGCAGGAUAUCCUCUGUAGAGAAGAACUCGACCUACUCUUCGCAUUGCAUGGCAAGGGACGUUUUAAGUUGCACUACGCGCUCAGUGUUGCUCCUGAGGAGUGGCCAUACAGCGUUGGGCGAAUCAAUGAUGUAUUAUUGUCGGAGCACAUGCCUCGGCACUCUGAGCAUGGACUCAUCCUGGCGUGCGGUCCUGAUGCUAUGAUAACGCAUGCCGUCAAGCCCGGACUGCAGAGUAUGGGGUGGGAUAUAGAGAAGUCCCUGGUGGUGUUCUGAAAGGACAAAGUUGCCUGAAGAAUGGAUGAUGAUCGUGGUAUGAUAAACCACCUGCAAAGUGUUCGUUUAUAAGGCGUUUGUGAGUUGUGAGAGCCAGCCCCAGUCAUUUUCCAUUGGUUUUCGCGGGGAAUAUAGAUAGGGCAAUGACGAAGUCCGUGUAUAGUUGCACAUAAAUAUGAUGUAGAACUUGAAACACUAGAUUGUACCGGAAUUCACGGAAAGUCCACAUUAUGAUGGUCCGCAAAGGUUGUGAACUUAAGAGAGAAGUUGUUGCAAGGUUGAUCGUCAUCGCGUUCAUCAUGUGAACUUGUGAAGUUCUGAGUUGGCCACAGUGACACUACCUAUGGUUGGACCAUCCAAAAAGUCACUUCCUAAUUUUGUCCGUUAGUGUGUGGAAAAUCAUGCAACAAA